UGGUGGAUAUGUGAUUGGACUGAUUCGGCUAAAUAGCGACAGAAACGUCUUUGAAACUUUCCCAAACACGCUUAAAUCAUCAUAUACUCGUAUAAGUGCAGUUUAGGAGCAAUAAUUUAUCAAUUCAUUUCGCAGAAUGGAGGGAAACAACCAUCAGUAUUUGGACUCGCCCUCCAAAAACAGUUACAUUGGCAGCUAUUACCAGCCUCCAGACAGAAUAGCAUCAGUAUCAAGACAGCUGGAGUUUCCUGCUCAUCCAUCUGUUGACAUCUCUGAGACUGCCAGCCAUCCAUCUGGGACCACACGUAAUAUUGAUAGCAAAGCUGUCGUCGAUGCACUAAAGACUCUCCAGCAGAAAAUCAGGCGACUGGAGUUGGAGAGGAAGCAUGGUGAGCAGAGGCACCUUCAGUUCUCAAUUGGUGCUCAAAGGCAUCAUCAGCUUGCAUCAUCACACUGUCAAACCACAACCACAACCAGCCUGCCGGGGACAGAUAACUCUGCUCAGAAGGAGGUGGAUGAAAAACUACAGUCUGCAGAGGCACGCUGUAAGAUUCUUGAAAAACAGCUGGACUACAUGAAGAAAAUGGUUGAAAAUGCCAAAAGGGGGAGGAGUACUUUAAUGGAAAAUCAGGCAUCACUGCAGAGCCAGCAAACAAGCAGAUCAAGCAACCGAACUCAGCAGGAGAAACUGGAAAAACUUGAAUCUGAAUAUCUUAAAUUGAGCAGAACCCAAACUGAGGCAGAGAUGAAACUUGCUCUUUUGGAGCAAAAGCUGCUGAAAGAAGAGCAUGAGCGUAAACUUGUGCAGGAGAAGGCAGAUGAGCUGCAGAGGGAGUUGGACGUCAACCUGCGAUUGCCUGUGCAGCAGACGACAACAAAAAAUAAAACCUCUAAACAGGAUGAGUUGGCAUCAGGCAGCCAGAGGCACAAAAAAGUGCCUUUUGUUGCUGGAACAUCAACAAGUCCAAGCCAUUCAGUCCAUGCCAAUGUACAAACCAUCCUCCACAUGAUGAAGCAUCACCAGCCUCAGCUAUGUGAGCGAGUGAGCACCCUGCAUAGGUCUGGAUGUGGAGCCAAGAAAAACCUCCGUAAGGAAUUUUCUACAUCUUUCACUGCUUUCCAGAAGCCUGGCAGUCUGUCUGUGGAUCAGUCGCUGGGCUCGCUGUCCGACCUGCUCUUGGCUCUGCAGGAUGAACUCGGACAAAUGAGCUUCGAGCAUCAGGAGUUGGAGCGUCUGUUAGAUGCAACCCAACAUCGAGAGCAGAGGGACGACCUGCAGAGAGAACUGGAGAGGCUGGUUGCCAGGAUGGAGGAGAAGGGAGCUCAGAUCACGAAGCUCCGCAAGCACCAGCAUAUGGUCCACCAACUGACCCAGAGCCAGUCACGAGAUGAGGACCGAACAGCCAAAAAGCCGAGUGGGAUCAGGCCACCUGUUCCCUCCCCUGUAAAGACCAAACAGAAAACAAAGAAAAGUUUGACUUGUAACAACCUGCAGCUACUCAGAGAGACUCAAAAGUUCAGAAACAGCCUGAAACAAGACGACUUGUUCUGGGAAACAUGAAGUUCCCUGGAAGGCCGUCCUCUGUGCUGCUUUUGAUACUACAGCUGGAUGAAGCACAGGACUCCCUUUGGUGCCUUGUUUUCCCUUGUCUGAAAGGAGCCCCAUUUUUUAUUGUUAUUUUUUU